AUGGGACUAGCCCAGCUUUCAUUGGCGUUCCUUGCCGUCGCAGGGAGCGCCCUGGCCGCCGAUAUUCAGCCCAUCAAGGUCAAGGGCUCCAAGCUCUUCUACGAGAAUGGAACUCAGUUUUACAUGAUGGGUAUUGCGUACCAGCAGGAAUACGUCCCCGGUGGUUCUUCUGCCGCCCGGCCGGCUAAUACAGAGGAGAAUUACGUCGACCCUCUCUCCGAUGAGAAGGUUUGCAAGCGUGAUGUCCCUCUUCUCAAGGAGCUCGGCACCAACGUGAUCCGAACGUACGCUAUCGACCCCAAGGCCGACCACAAGGCCUGCAUGCAGCUGCUGCAGGAUGCCGGCAUCUACGUCGUGUCCGAUCUUAGCGAACCCGCCAUCUCCAUCAACCGUGACAGUCCUCAGUGGGACACUGCCCUGUUCGAGCGUUACACGGCUGUCAUUGAUGAGCUUGCCCAGUACCCCAACGUCAUCGGCUUUUUUGCUGGAAACGAGGUCUCCAACGCUAAGAACAACACCGCUGCCUCUGCCUUCGUCAAGGCCGCUGUUCGAGACACCAAGGCCUACAUAAAGAACAACAAGAAGAUUACCAGAUGGCUCGGUGUUGGUUACGCCGCCAACGAUGACGAGAUGAUUCGCGCUGAGAUUGCCGCUUACUUCAACUGCAACAAUGUCGAAGAGUCCAUCGAUUUCUGGGGUUACAACAUCUACUCUUGGUGUGGAAAGAGCUCCAUGCAAACGUCCGGCUAUGAUCAGCAGGUCAAAUUCUUCGAGAACUACUCUGUCCCUGUCUUCUUUGCUGAGUAUGGCUGCAACAACGAGGGCGCUGCCAACCGUGUUUUUGACGAAACCACCGCCCUCUACUCUGAUGACAUGACUGGUACCUUCAGCGGUGGUAUCGUCUACAUGUUCUACCAGGAGGCCAACGAUUAUGGUCUGGUCAAGGUCUCUGGCGACAAGGUCACCAAGCUCAAGGACUUUGAUGCCCUGAAGAACAAGGUCAAGGCGGCCACGCCCAAGACUGUGGACGAGUCCGACUACAAGCCCGGCGGCAAGAUGAACGAAUGCCCCAAGUUGACCGACAACUGGCAGGCUAACAAGGCCCUCCCUCCUACUCCCGACAAGAGUCUCUGUUCCUGCAUGGCCAAGUCCCGUGCUUGCGUCCCCAAGCCCGGCCUCUCUGGCGACAAAUUCGGCGACAUGUUUGGCUACAUCUGCAAUACCUCUCCCGGAUCUUGCGCUGGUAUCAAUGCCAAUGCCACCACUGGUGUCUACGGUGCCUACAGCAUGUGCAGCGACGAGGAGAAGCUGGCCUACGUUCUUGAUGCCUAUUACAACAGCCAGAAGAAGGCCAAGGAUGCUUGCGACUUCGACGGCUCCGCCCAGACCCAGAGCGCCAACUCUGACGCCUCCUGCUCCAAAGCCCUGGAAGAGGCCAGUGAAACCAACAAGAAAGUUGCCACCGCUACCGGUCCCGUCGGCGGUGGCAAUGCCAAGGCUACUAGCAGCAGUGACAGCUUUGCCGUUCAUGGCGCCCCUGUUGCCCGUAUCCUCGCUAUUGGCGACCUUGCUGUGGGCCUCUACAUGUUGGUGGCCCUCGGCGUUGGCGCUGGUAUGGUUGCUCUGUAA